GGACUUCUACCAAACCCAAGCUGUGGCAAAUCCUUGUGGUCUCGAUCCGGAAUACAAGUGUGAAUCUGGAAGACGAAGACUUUUACAGACGGGAUCAGGCCUGCGCAUGAGACAUGGAUACAAUGUCGGCCCAACAGCUCAAGAGCAGUUAUCAUCAACGAGCAGCAACGAGAAUCUCAUCAGCACUUCGGUCGGAUGUGAGUGUUGGAAGAAAGGCGUGGUCAUCAGUAUCAUUAGUACAGCUAAUAUGAUUGUUGGAAAUGUGCUGCUGAAGAAAAAGGGGCGAAAAGCAAUGUUAACAAGUAUCAUUUAUGUUUCCUACAUUUAA